AUGUCGCCGCCGCCCUCAGCGGCCAACGCCCAGCUGCGACAGCUCAUACACUACCACCUCGACAACGGCUUUACUGAGAACGCCCUCUUCCUCGCCGGCCGCCUGCAUGCUUUGGACACGCGCAACGCCGACGCUGCACAUUUGCUAGCCCUCUGCAACCUUCGUUUAGGAAGGUACAAAGCUGCAUUUGAACACUCCAAGAACAAGGCAGCACAAGCGCAGCACUUGGGGUGCGUGCACGUGUUUGCCCAAGCUUGUUUGCGCCUUGGACGCUUCGAGCUGGGAGCCACGGCGCUCGAGAAGGCCAGAGGACUGUGGCACGGGCGAAACCACUGGAACAAGCACUCGGAAACCUCAAGACGGCAUGUUCCAGAUGCUGCGGCGUGCUUCUGCAUGCUAGGGAAGCUGUGGGCUGCACAUGGCGACACAAAGAAGGCGAUCGACUACUAUGUGGAGGCGUUGAAGCUCAACUCGUUCAUGUGGGAUGCCUUCACUGGUCUCUGCGACAUUGGCGCCGUGGUUCGACCCCAGAACGUCUUCACCAUCACACCCACCAUGCUCGAGUCGAUAUCGCAUGCCGCAGUGAACGGUCAUGCGCCGCAAGUCGCACUACCAAAAGAAGACCUGGAGACCAACAACCCCUUUGUUUCGAGACCUGAAGACGACCCGUUCAAUCCACCGACACGGCAACGUGGCGACGUUGGACUCAACAUGGGAGGGACGAACCUGCUUUCGAAGCUGAAUGGCAGGAACCCAGCGCCUAGUGCAACGCGACAUCACAACGUCGAGACGCCCGUAGCUAACGGCCAGGAUCCUGACGAAGACGAUAUGAUGAUGGGCGAGGGGGGAGGCCCAGUCAUGACGGAGCGCGGACCUGCGGAUAUCAUGCACGCGCCGGGACGCAAGAUUAGAAUGCAGCCGUUCGCCGCGGUGGAAGAUCCGCCUAGAAUGCGACCGAUGACAUCCAGAAUGCGAACAAAAACGAACCCUUCAGACGGCGAGCAAACUGAUAUACCACGGCCGGUGAACCAGAAUGGUCAUAAGAGGACCGUCUCAGGCCAUUCUACACACACGCAACACACACAAGCCUCACAACUGCACGCGGUUGACCCAACGGCUGCUCCGCCGCGCAGAAGUGCUCGGUUGUUCAACCACAUCAGCUCCAUAACAUCCACUCGCACGACGAACAGGCCGCCUGCUGCUGCUCCCAGUAGAGAUCCAGAGACCAGAGAACGGCGAGAGUUGCGGAAAGUCAAGGCGACAGGAACCAAGGGGAGAACAGGCACAACUUCGACUGUAGGACGAGUUGUUAGCGGCAACCGGAAACCUACCCUCGAUGCUACAGAACCUUUAGAGCCCAAGCCAAGGCCUCUGAGUGCGGCUGCGAUAGCCCCGCCGCCGCCUCCUAGGAUGGCCUCUCAAACGGACACCGCUCGAGAUCGAGAAGCCUUGACCUGGCUUCUGGACUUGCUGCAUAGGAUCGGCGCAGGAUACAGCUACUUGAGCCAGUACGAGUCCGUCAAAGCGUUGGGUGCAUUCGCAUCCGUACCAGUGGCGCAGCGCGACACGCCGUGGGUACUUGCGCAGAUUGGCAAGGCACACUACGAGCGCGCGCAGUACGCAGAUGCGGAGAAGGCGUUCAAGAAGAUACGGGAGAAGUCGCCUUCAUACCUGGAACACAUGGAAGUGUAUUCCAACACACUGUGGCAGUUGAAGGAUGAAGUUGCUUUAGCCCACCUUGCGCAUACCCUGAUCGACCAAGACCGUCUUUCACCACAAGCCUGGUGUGCUCUCGGUAACGCAUCUUCUCUGGAGCGACAGCACGACGAUGCUGUCAAGUGCUUUGCGCGAGCCACACAGCUGGAUCCCAAGUUUGCCUACGCCUUCACUCUGCAAGGCCAUGAGCACGUGGCGAAUGAAGAGUUUGAUAAGGCUAUGCAAGCAUACCGGAACGCCAUCAGUGCCGAUAACAGACAUUACAACGGUUGGUAUGGCCUUGGAAAUGUGUACGAGAGGAUGGGCAAGUACGAUGUAGCCGAGAAGCACUACAAGGCGGCGUCUCAGAUCAACCCCAACAAUGCCAUGAUCAUUGUUAGGAUCGGGCUGGUUCUCGACCGCAUGAAGAGGAUCGAUGUAGCCCUAACUUACUUCGACGCCGCGGUGAAGCUCGACCCUCGGUCCAUCAUGGCACGCUUCCGCAAGGCGCAAGUACUGCUCAAGCUAGAUCGCUCGGAAGAAUCGCUCAAGGAGCUUCUCGUACUAAAGGACCUGGCACCCGACGAUGCGAACAUCCACUUCUUGCUUGGCAGGUGCUACAAAAAGCAACGAAACCGCGCGACCGCUAUAAAACAUCUCACGAUCGCGAUGAAUCUGGAUCCCAAGUCUCACGGAGUUAUUAAAGAGGUCAUGGAGUCCAUUGAUCAGGACGAUGAUGGUGCCUGGAGUAGUGAAGAGGACAGAUGA